AUGUUGAAGAUAUCAUCACUGUAUGCAAUAUACCUAGUUUGUGCCGCCGCCAAAUACGCCACCAGGGGAUUCUCAAACACGCCGACUGUACUGAGCCGGGGAUCGAUACGGCCGUCGCCAGCAUACCGCACCGAACCUUACGGCAGAUUCGGUCACACAAAAGCGUACUUAGGCGCUAGACAAGCGAAUUCUGAAACCGCAUCAACGGUCAGGAGGAGAAGCAGCACGCUCCAGACGCAUCGUACAACCAUACCCAAAAUGGAAGCGUCCCAGCUCUCAGAACUGCUGAAGAAAAACAAAACGCAGUGUGAAAACCUUCUAAAGCGAAGAUUCUUUUACACCAACUCCUUCGAAAUAUACGGAGGAGCCGCGGGACUCUUCGACUACGGGCCGCCAGGAUGCGCACUCAAGGCACAGCUCGAAGACCUCUGGAGGAAGCACUUCAUCGUCUUCGAUGAAAUGCUGGAGGUAUCAUGUCCUUGCAUUACCCCCUACAGCGUACUCAAGGCGUCGGGGCACGUCGACAGGUUCACGGAUCUCAUGUUGACGGAUUUGAGCAACGGCGAAUGCUACAGGGCCGACAAGUACCUCGAGGACGUAAUAGACUGCGUCAUCAGCACCUUGGAAGGUAAAAACGUAACGGACAACGUCAAUGCAAAGAAUGUGGCACUUAUGCAACUGGGACGUGAAGAACUGCAGAAGCUGCAGAACCUCGUGGGCAACAUGACCUCAGAGGACGUUGAUGCCUUAAUACAGCAGUAUGGAAUCAAAUCGCCUCAAGGAAAUGAGCUGUCCAAGCCGUUCCCCUUCAACCUUAUGUUUCAAACUACAAUUGGGCCCAAAAAGGAUCAAAAGGGAGGCACGAACUCCGUUGUAUACCUGAGACCCGAAACUGCACAGGGCAUAUUUGUCAACUUCGGCAGGUUGCUCGAAUCGAAUGGAGGCAAGAUGCCAUUCGCCGCGGCGCAAAUCGGUCUGGGGUUCAGAAAUGAAAUCAGCCCGAGAAAUGGGCUACUCAGAGUUCGUGAAUUCCUGAUGGCUGAAGUCGAGUAUUUCGUACACCCGGAAAACAAGACCCACGCAAGAUUCCACGAAUUCAAGCAUGUGAUGCUCAAUCUCCUGCCGAAAGAAACACAGGAGAGGGGAGAAGCGACGCUGGUCUCCAUGACAGUGGAAGACGCCGUCAACAACAAAGUUAUCGCAAACGAGGCCCUAGGCUACUUCCUCGCGAGAACAAGGCUAUUCCUCGAAAAGUGUGGAAUUAUGGGUGAAGGAUUGCGAUUCAGGCAGCAUAUGUCCGACGAAAUGGCGCACUAUGCCUGCGACUGUUGGGAUGCGGAAAUACUUACAUCGUACGGCUGGAUUGAGGUCGUGGGACAUGCUGACAGAAUGGCGUACGAUCUGAAGGCACACUCGCAGGCCGCUAAUGUCCAGCUGAACGCCAGCCAUAGGUACCCGGAACCCAUAGUUGUCGAGAAGGUUACUCCCACAUACAACAAGUCACUCAUCGGGAAAACGUUCAAGGACAAAAACGCGCAGCUGCUGCGAAUACUGGACAACCUACCACAAGAUGAAGCAUUGCAAAUGGAGCAAGAACUCAACACCACGGGGCAAACAAUCGUUAAAGGCGACGGCGGACUGGAGUUCGUUGUCACAAGAGAUAUGCUAUCAUUCAAGGUUGUCAAAUCGGUGGUUUGCGAGGAAACGUUUACGCCGUCAGUCAUCGAGCCAUCUUUCGGCAUGGGUAGACUCAUAUUCUGCAUAUUGGAGCAUUCCUACAAGAUCCGACAGGCGCAGAAAGACCAAGAAGAGCGCACGUACCUUGCGCUCAAACCCAUACUGGCCCCAACCAAGUGCUGCCUCUUACCACUGUCGUCAAAAGAAGUUUUUAACCCGUUGAUAUCGAAGAUACAGAGGCACAUGAAUGACCUGGGGCUGUCAUACAAAAUUGACAGCACCGGCGCCUCCAUCGGAAAGCGGUAUGCAAGAACGGAUGAAAUCGGCAUCCCCUUUGCAAUAACCAUAGAUUUCCAGUCUGUAAAUGACGGAACCGUAACGCUCAGGGAGCGCGACUCAAUGGAACAGGUGCGAUUGGAAUCCGAACAAGUGGGCGACGUCAUCGCGGACCUCAUCAGAGGCAGGACAACUUGGGGCGACGUUACCAAGGCGCAUCCCAUAUUUACGCAGCAAGAAGUAUAA